AGAAGAAAAAAAAAACCAAAAAUGAUGAAUGAAACGAUUGCUGCCCCAUCCCAAACUCUCAGUUGAUGUAGCAGCACCCUCCACUGCGAGUCAGGCUAUUUGUCAGUCAUUUGAUGGAACAUUGCAUUGGAUGGAACUGUACUUGAAUUCUCUAAAAAUUUCAACUCUCUAGUUUAAAAGCACUUGAAGAAAUCUGAUAAAAAUGGAUGAAAAUUAUUCGAAUGAUUGAUAGAUUGCAUCUUAGAAGGUCAUCAAAUAUCUAUGACGUUGUUGAUGAAAUCAAUGCUUCUAAUGAUUCUGAACAUGCAAAGUCAACCAGACCAUGUUUAAAAUGCUUUGGUUUUGUAGUGUCUACUAUUGUAUACCUAAUUAUUGAAAAAAAAAUCAGACCUGGGGAACAUUUUAAUCUGGUGGUCACUCAGGUUCACAGUGAUUUAAAAUUGAAAAUUGAAGAAUUCAGAAAGUUUAAUGAACUUGACGAAAAUGUAAGAAGUAACGCAAGCACAACAAUAAAAAACAUUUUAUAUUUAUGUCUUGGUCAAUGGCAACCUAGAGCUUUAGAGCACAUACAUAUGAGCGGCAGUUACUCUGAAGGCGCAUUUCUUGCUCGAUUCUUUAAGCAAAAUAAUGACUUUGAAGAUGGGUUAAAUCGAGAACUCGAGGUUGAUAUUGAAUUUACUAUAGUUAAGUUAAGUACAGAUUUAAAAAGUCAUAUUGAAGACUUUCCACAGAAAGUUGGUUAUGUUAAAGUGUCUGCCACAGCUGAUAUGUUUAUGACUUCUAAUGUGGCAUGGGAUAUUUCUAAAAAAGACGUUUUGGAGAACUUACCAAAAGUGUGCCUUAAUGGCUAUGCUCAGCCUUUCAAAAUUAAAAAAUUGAUUCAAAGAUAUUCAAAUUUUGAUGAUGAUCCACGAAGACAAGAUCUUUUCAAAUUAAUAAUGGGUGCCAUACUUCGAAAAAAUCCAUCUGAAGUUUCUUUAAAGACAGCUGGAGCAGUUACUAAUGCUUCUUAUGCUACUAGUUUUAUUGUUCAAGUUGGAGAUAAAAAUAUUUUAUUUGGUACUUACGAAUUAGUUCCUUUGCUGGAAAUUAGUUGGUGGCCUGAUAUUGCAGCAGAAUGGAAAAACAGGCAAAGGAAUUGGCCUAAUGAGGAGACAAUAAAUGAGCUUACUAAAACAUGCUUUAUUAUAGCUAAACCACCUCAAUCAGAAAGAGAUGAUUUGGAAUCUAUUAGUUGGAGGUAUUCUUUUUCAAAUAUUGAACGCAAACUAAUCAGUAUGCGUAGUCCGCAACAAAGUUUAGUUUAUCUCAUUUUCAAAUCAAUGUUUUACAAAUGGCUGAAACCAAUCAAUACUGCUCAAAUUCACUCUUUUUAUGCCAAAAAUAUUAUGUUAAAAGUAUGCGAAAAUUUUCCACCAGAAAAUGAAAUGUGGAAUGAAAGUUAUGGGGCAACUAAAAAAGCACUUAUUUAUUUAUUUCUUCAACUUUACGAAGCUUUUGAAAACUGUAACCUUACCUAUUAUUUUUUAAACAAUAUUAAUGUUAUCGAAUCUGUCGAACCGCUAGUAAACAAGGAAGUAAAAAAAAAUAUUAUGAUGAUUGUUAACAACAUUGAAGAUUAUAUACAAUUAAAUGUAAGUCAAGUUAUUGAUGCUGGAACAAACUUAAUUGAGAUGAUGAAAAAAUUCGAUAAAUUUUAUUCUACUACGUUUAAUGGCAAUGUUUGGGAUUUUUUAAAUUUAACAUUUGUUACAGAAUACAAAGAAAUUCAAGAUAUCGAACUAGAUUAAUAAAAAAACUUCAGUAAAUUUUUGAACAGUUGGCAAUAAAGUUUGCAUUAAGAAAACUCUAGUAAAUAUUUGAACAGUUGGCAAUAAAGUUUGUAAUGAACAUUUAUAUUAUAGAAUUACGUUUAGGGUUAUGGUUCGGGGAA